AUGGCGCAACUUUGGCUUUAUUCCACCUCAGUCCUGGUGUUAUUGGUCAUGUCAUGGCCGUGUUCUAGCGCCCUUUCUUCACAACAUCUGUGUGGCACUAGUCUGGUUGAAGCCCUUAAUAUGGUCUGUGGAGACAGAGGCUUUUUCACCAGCAACAGGAGGGACAUCGACUCUGUCCUGCGUAUCAUGCCACCAAAGACCGAGGAAGCAGCAACAUCAGCAGGCGAUAUUAACGAGAUUGUGGGGUAUGCCUUUAAGAAACGGCUGGACAUGAUGAUGAAACGUGACGGCAUUGUAGAACAGUGUUGUCACCAGCCAUGUAGCAUGCUGGUCCUGGAUAAAUACUGCAACUAA